UUUUGGUUAUACUGAAUGAUGAUAUUUUCAAACAAUGCUAACAGGCUGAUAUCUAGCUAGCUAGCAAAACGACAAUCAAACAUUUUAUAUUUAGUACAAGUUUUUUAAAUAUUACAACAUUUUCCAUGUUUUAUAGCGGUUGUACCGAAUGACCUGAUGUUUCGGGACAUGCGUAUGAGCAAGUGAAAACAUUAAGUUUUCAAACAGUUAAGAGAGAGUUAGUUACUUUGCUUCACGACCAUGUGGUCCUUUGCAGGUGUCACAUUCUGUCACAUGAUAUUGACCGCAUAACUUGAUUCAAAAUGGUCCCUUUAUAUUGGUUACUCCGAAUGACAUAAGUGAAAUUCAUUUUUUUCUGACAUUCUUUCUCUUAACAAAGCAACGACUUCUACACAUAAUUUUAAUACAAUUUUGCACUAUGUUGAUUUAUGAUGUUAUAAAAUCAUGCCAGAAUAAAAAAGAUAUACAUUUAUAACAUUUUAAGAUAUUUUAAUCACAAAUGAAAUGGCUGUGUUGGCCUUUGGACGGUUAAACCGAAUGACCUUUUGACACUUCAAAAUCUUUAAAAUACCUUUAUAUGCAGCAAAAUAUAAUUAAAACCUUUUGGAUUCUAGUUGUACUACUUUACAUACUUUGGAUGUCAUAUCUUUGUUUUUUAUUAUUAUUAGGGCCUUUGGACAAAAAAAUGAUCAGUCACUUCAGUGACCCUAAUACAUAAAAACAUCGUACAUUUAAUGCAUUAAUGCACAGAAUUAAUAAAUGAGGUUCAAAAUGACAUUUGAAGUUCAUUGCAUGGACAAAAAUGCAGAGAUGUUAAGAAUAUCUCCUUUUGUGUUUCACAGACGAACCACACGAAGGGUGAUGAUGACAAAUUGAUCAUCUUGGGCCUUUAACUUGCAUUGAACCUAGAAGAUGCGUUUCAGAACUAUGACAGACACACAGUGUAACUCGAUAGUCUUUAGUAAUCUUGAAUAUUUAAGCUUCAUUCUUCAACUGCAUGCUUAGAAACCCCGGGUGACUCUUGUGUCUGUGUCUAAAAGGGUUUAUAUAUAGAAUAACUGUCCGAUUCCUUCACAGGUGCUUCUGGACACACAUUCCAGCCUCCUGCCGCACCCCUCAUAGUGUAGAAAUAACCUCGUCUGGAGCUCCACGGCUGGAGAAAGUAACUGGCUGUCAUCCGUACGGACACAUGGAUGUGAGAGACUCGAGACGACAGAUCUGAUCUUCUCUGUGGACUCUUUCUGGUUUCUGUGUGGAGUUUCUUCUCUCAGAAUGCUGGAGGAGAUUUUGAUGACUGGAAUUGGACUAGAAGGUCGUGAGUCACGCUCUCCAAAAUAGUCAGAAAUACUUCAUGCACCCCUGAGGAGAAGAACGUCUGAGAAAACAGCCACGACUCUGCUGCCUUGGAAACCAAACAGGAAGCGUCAGACAGACGGUGGGCGGCCGAAUCACUACAGACAGACGACAGACGCAAGCUCUGAUGAGCUCCGAUAUCAACAGAUAACCUGGAAUCAGUGCUUCAAAUAGGGAACGUCAACUUUCCUGCUGGUGGAUCUAGUGAUCUAGAAACAUUCCAUCAUAACAAGCUAUAAAACACACUACUAUUCAAAAGUUUGGGGUCAGUAAGAAUUUUGAAUUCUUUUAUUCAUCGAGGACGCAUUAAAUUGAUCAAAAGUAACAUUAAAGAAUUUACAUUGUUACAAAAGAUUAUUUCAAAUAAAUGCUGUUCUUUUGAACUUUCUAUUCAAAGAAUCCUGAAAAAGUAGGCCUAUCUUGAAUUCCAUAGAUUUUUAACAUUAUUUAUUUAUUUAUUUAUUUUAAUUUUACAUCUUCUAAUUAAUUUAGUAUGUUUUUUGUUUUUAGUGUUCAUUUUACAUUUUUAUUAUUUAAUUUAACUAGAUUUGAUUUGUUUUCAUUUUACAUGUUUAUGAUUUAAUACAUUGUGGAGUUUUUUUGUUUUAUUUUUUUUUAAUUUUACAUCUUUAUGAUUUAAUCUACCAAUUUUUAUUGGAUUUGUUUUCAUUUUACAUGUUUAUGGUUUAAUACAUUUUUACAAAGUGUUUAAUUUUAUUUUAAAAUUUAAAAAAUAAUUUAAUAAUUUAAUUUUUAAAUGAAUGUUUUUCAUUUUGCAUGUUUGAUUUAAUAUAUUUUUAAGAGUUUUUUAGUUUAAUUUUUUAAAUUUCACAUUAUGAUACAUUUUUAGUGUUUGAUUUUAAUUUUAAAAUUAUUUUAAUAUUAUAUAUUUAUGAUUUAAUUUACCAGUUUUUAUUGGAUUUGUUUUCAAUUUAAAAAGUGUUUAUUUUUUUUAAUUUUAUAUAUUUGUUAAUUAUUAUUUUUUAGGAUUUAAUUACAUUUAUAAAAAGUAAUUAUUUUAAUUUCACAUUUAUAUCAUUUAAUUAAUUUUUAGUAAGUGUUUUAUUUUGAAUUUUUGUUUUUGUUUCCACAAAAAUAUGAAGCAGCACAACUGUUUUUAACAUUGAUGAUAGGAAGAAAUUUAAUAGAACUGUGCCAUCACAGAAAUAAAUUACAACUUAAAAUAUAAUACAAUAGAAAUCAGUCAUUUUAAAUAGUAAUAAUAUUUAAAAGUAUUACUGUUUAUAUUUCUGAUUAAAUAAAUGCUGUCUUAGUGAGCAGAAGAGAUUUUGACCCCAAACUUUUGCACGACAUGAGCGGCUCCUCUGGACAUUAUUUAAACCGGGCGGCCGUGUUUUCUCCUGUAGGUGGCGCCCGUUUGUGUCAGCUGACUCUGUGCUGCGCCGUCAUCUCUCUGGUGAUCCACGUCGCCGGUUACAGCGCCACCUACGGGACAUUCUGUAUGGCUGUUUGGACGUCCUGCUUUGCCAUCACAGCCGCCGUUUUUGUGCUGGACGUGACGCGCUUGCACACGUGUCUUCCCGUGUCGUGGGAGAAUCUGACCGUGACGUUUGCGUCUCUGGCCGUCCUGCUCAUGCUCACCGCGUCUGUCGUCUAUCCCGUGUACUUUGUGCGCGCAGACGACUGUCCUUAUAAUAAUUGCGAAGUAAGAAAUUUCCGGAUCGCGGUGACCGUGUGCUCAUGGGCGGCGUGUGUCGCGUACGGGACGGAGGUUUUUCUGUCGCGUGCCAAACCGGGUCGCGCCGUUGGCUACAUGGCAACGCCAUCUGGCAUCCUGAAGGUGGUGCAAAUCUUCGUGGGAUGCGUGAUUUUUGUGAUGCUCGCCAACGGGAGUGAUUUCACAAGCCACGUUGCGACUGUGUACUGCGUGGCGGUGUUCGGCGUCUGCUUCGCCGCCUCUGUGCUGCUGGUGGCGCUGACGGUCUCGGGCCGGACCACGGCUCUGCGGCUGCCGUUCGAGCGGUUUGUAGUCGUCUACACAUUCGUGGCGGUGCUGCUGUACUUGAGCGCUGCCGUAGUUUGGCCCGUCUUCUGCUUCGACAGGAAGUACGGCACUCCGCUGCGGCCGCAGGGCUGCCCGAGGGGGAAGUGCUCAUGGGACGUGAAGCUCGCCGUCACUGUGCUGUGCUUCAUCAACGUCUCACUUUACAUCGCCGACCUCGUCUAUUCCCAGAGGAGCCGGUCAGUGUCGCAGCGUCCUCGAGUGUAGCGAGAACAUUAAUGAAACAGUGAGACUUCAGAAAUAUACCAUGAUACUGUUUGAUUGACGUCACUGACACUAUCAGAUUUACCACUGUGUGUUCCUUUACAUGCCUGUUUAUUGUGAUUAAAAUAUGCAUACGCCACAUAUUACUAUGAUUAUGGAUGCUACAAUCAUGAGCUUAUCGCAUCAAUUUGAUCAAAGUAUUGUGUUUACAUGUGGUAAGGUUUAAUCGCAAUAUUGCCAUAUUCGCAUUAUGUAAACGUAGUUAUUGUUAUUGAACUGAACUGAAUCAACACUGAACUGAGUCAGUGAAUAAUGACACUGUCGUUUCUGUAGAGCUGCUUAUAGCUGAAUUGAACUCGUUUCAUAAUUGAUGAACUUUAUAAUUGAGCUGAAUAAUGACACUCAUAUUUGAAGUUUGCAUCAUUAAUUCUGUUAUUUUUCUGUUCAUUACUGUGAAGCACAUUUGUGUUAAGCGCUGUAGAAAUAAAGCUGACUUGACUUGA